AUGCCGUCCACGCCUCGCUCUUCCGCGGUGAACUCCAUCACGGUAGCGGUUCGGAAGCGACCCAAAAUCACGGGAAAAGAAUCGGAGGAGAACGACGUGGUGCGUUGCGAGGCAUCGACCACUGUUGUUGUGUACGAGCCGAAGACUAAGCUGGACCUGACCCCAGUCAUUGAGCCUUCCGUCUUUAGUUUUGACCAUGUCUUCGACGAGGCGGCGAACAAUGCGGAGGUGUACGAGACGUGCUGCCGCCCGCUGCUGCAGGAUGUGAAGAGCGGCAAUGGCGCCGUUGUGUUUGCGUUUGGGCAGACAGGCAGCGGCAAGACGUACACGAUGCUGGGCUGCGCCGCGGAGGUGUGUCAGGGGCUGUACAGCUUCACCGUCACGGACCUGCUCACGACGUGUGCGCCGUGCACGCUCGCUGUGAGCUUCUACGAGGUGUACGGGUCGAAGCUCUUCGACCUGCUCAACAGCCGCGCGCCGGUGAAGAUGCUGCAGGACGAGGCCCGCAACAUCCAUAUUUUAGGCCUCACGGAGCGCGAGGUGUCAAGCGACGAGGAGGUGCGGCAGCUCAUGUCGGAGGGACAGCUGCUGCGCGCGAGCGGCGCCACUCAUGCGAAUGAUCGGAGCUCGCGCUCACACGCCGUGCUUGAAAUUAGGGUGCGACUGCAGCGUGGCGAGCUCUCAUGCGGGCGCAUCACCUUUGUGGACCUGGCCGGCAGCGAGCGGGCAGCAGACACCGCCGACACCGACAUCAAGGUGCGGCGCGAGGGGGCGGAGAUCAACAAGUCACUCCUGGCGCUCAAGGAGUGCAUCCGGGCCAUGUCGCUCCGCAAGCGACACAUCCCGUUCCGCGCCUCGAAACUGACGCAGAUACUGCGCGAAAGUUUUGUUGGCCGAUGUAAAACAUGCGUGAUAGCCAACAUCUCGCCGUGCCAGCGGCACUGCGAGGACACGCUGAACACGUUGCGCUACGCCUACCGCAUCAAAGAGCUGAAGGGCCCCACGGGCGAGGCCUUGGAGCGUGAGGCGCCGACGCCAUGCGUCAACUGCGGCCUGCCUGUGUUUGCCGGCGGUAGGCACGUGUGCCGGCGCCUCAACGUGCAGUGCCCACACUGUCGGCAGGAGAUGGACAAGAAGGACCUCGAGACGCACCUUACCGAGUGUAAGGAGUGUCCCUUACACUGCCCACACUGCAAUGAACUCCUGCUGCGCGGAGAGCUGCUGCGCCACAACCGCCGUUGCGCGCAGUAUCCGGUGCGCUGUCCGCUCUGCUCGAACCAAGUGCAGCGCAAAAAUAUGGAGCGGCACACGCUGUCGGAGUGUAGUGCCGCCAAGGAGAAGUGUCGCUACUGUGGUGUGCAGUUCCCUCGCUACGCGCUGGGUCCGCACGAGCUUGAGUGCGACAUGAUGAAGCUCGCCUGCCCGUACUGUCUACGCUACAUCCGCAGGGGCCGCUUCGACGCACACGCGGCGGAGUGCGUGAGGAACCCCUGCCGGAAAUUGGCACCGACACCGCAGCGGUCCGAGUCGAACCUGUCGUGUGCCCCGUCCGUGGAGCAGCGGCGUCUAGGCGCCGCGAAGACGCCGCGGCAGUCAAAAAUGGGGCGGGAGUUUUCUGCGGCCCCGGACGACGCCACGCCGGAGGCGGACGUGGAGACGAAGUGCCCGUACUCUCGCUACGGCUGCACCUGCAAGAUAUCACGUGCGAGCCUCGCCGCCCACCUUGCGGAGGCGGUGGCGACGCACCUGGACAUGGUUUCCGUUUACGCGGAGCGCAUGGAUGUGGAGAACGCGGCUCUGCGACGCCUUGUUGUCUCGAAUGGCAGCGAGCGCAGAGAUACGCAUUAG